AUGAACACCGACGAAUCCGAACCACUUCUUUCUGUGGUCGCCGGCGUCGCGAUAGAGUACAUCGACGGCGUCACGCUUGAGCAUUUCGUGUUAGGCGAGACUAUAUCCGCCGAACAAGCCGAGCGCGUGACGCAGGGCACUCUGACAUCCGUACGGGCUAUGCGUGACGCGCUGGUCGUGCACGACGACAUCUUCCUUCGCAACGUCAUGCUCCGCCGUACUCCUGGCGGCUUGGACUACGACUAUGAUCACCCGGUGAUCAUCGACUUCGGCAUAUCCGCAACGUACACGCCCAAGGAGAUAAUGGAGAACCCGUCCUCCGUCGGGCCGCUCGGAUCAUCCGUAAUGCGCGCACGCAAGCUCUUCAGUCGCGAAUCCUGGCAUAUUCCGUCUCUAUAUCUCUCGGACUACGCACCGAGUCCAUGGUACGGAUACAGGGAGGCCAACGAGCGCAUCGAAGGCCUCUCCGCCGAGCACCGAGAGCGGUUCUUCGAGGAGAUCCCGGAGAAUGAGAGGGAGGCGCCGAAGGAUGUCGUGGAUGAUGAUGAUGGGGAGGUGUACGUCUACGUUCCGGCACGUUGGAGGGUGCGCGAGGGAGCGAGGGACGCGGGGGUCGACUUGAGAUGGCGGCCUGAAGGGAUCCCUCUACCUUCGGAUACCACGUAA